GCCAGCAAACCAGCUCCCACUGCCCCUCCCUCCCCGCCAAGAGUAGCGGAGAGCGGACUGGGCGGGGGGUGGGGGGAGACCGAGGGGCGCAGAUGUGGGCCCCCCAGCCAGCGAUGUGCACCCGUAAGUCGAGCGGGCGUUGGUUACCCUUCGGAGCCCCCCUUCGAUGCCCGAAAUCCCCAGAAGUCGUCUGCAAGCGCCUCCGCGCUACCAACCCCAGAGAGGGCUCGGGGUCCUGGCUGGGGGCAGGCCGAACCUUCGGAGCUGCUUCUGGACCCCGCUCACUGACUGAACCGAAGGGGCUGCGCGCCCGGGAGAGCUGGGGAUACGAGGCCAUCGUCCAUCCUCUCCCCCAAACCGCCACACGCCAAGCUUUGUGCCCCAGGGAGCGGAAAGUAACCAGCUCGGGGAGGCGACAACAUAGAGGCAAGGGCGAUGGGAAGGGGCAGGGGUCCCCGCGCACCCCAGGGAAAUGGGGGUACUGGACCCUCCAGGGAGCACCCUUUGGCCUCCUGAGGUCGGGAGCAUCCCCGGCGCCCGCAGCCCGGCGAGUCGCCGAGCGCUCGGGCCAUGAGCCCCGCCGGCGGGCCUGGGCGCUUUGUCCCGGCCGUCCGGGAGAUGCUGCCGCGCGCGGGUUGGACACAGAGGUUCUUCUGCCUGGGAAGAGCUGGCGGCCGCUGCCAGGCAGCCCAACUUGGAGCCCUGGGCUGCAGGCACCGCGUGUGCGGGCGGGAAGUUCCCACAGUUGCAAAGAGGGAGCGAAGUAUGUGUUCCAAACUUUCCACGGUUCCAAACUGAGCGCUUCCAUUAAGAAAAGCGGUGUGCGGGGGAAAAGCAUUCUGGGUAUUAGCAUGCAAAUGAACGGGCCAGGCUUCCAGCUCCGCUCGGGAUUCCCACCGCCGCGCUCCCUGCUUGCGCGGAGCCACGCGUGCCCACGGGUUCCGGGGGUGGCACCGCGGGAGGACCAGAGUUCGAAUUCGACACCUGUGCUCUCUGGUUGAGUGUUUUGGUGACGGUCACUUGGCCUCUCUGAGCCUUAGUUAAACACAGUUUCCUAAUAUGUAAACCGGGGACAGCAACACCUGUCUCUUGAAGUGGUGAGGUCUGCACAGCACAUAAUUCUGGGCUGGGUGUCUCUCCUUACACAACUCCGCCCUUCCUGGGUCGUAGUAGUUGCCAAAUGCCUGUUGGAGAAAAUAAAUGAUGAAGCUUAGAGGGCUGAGGGAAGUUCCCCGGACCCGGAGCCAGGCGAUCUGUGUUCUAAGCCCAAACUAGCUGUGCCACCUCAGGCCAGUGCCCUAACCUCUCUGACCCACAGCUCAGAUUCUUUGGUGGAUUCGGGGAACCGACAAUUUUUGUGUUUGAGAGCAGCCACAAAGAAAGAGGGAUCUGGGGCUUCCCUGGUGGCGCAGUGGUUGAGAGUCCGCCUGCCGAUGCAGGGGACACGGGUUCGUGCCCCGGUCCGGGAAGAUCCCACAUGCCGCGGAGCGGCUGGGCCCGUGAGCCAUGGCCGCUGAGCCUGCGUGUCCAGAGCCUGUGCUCCGCAACGGGAGUGGCCACAGCAGUGAGAGGCCCGCGUACCGCAAAAAGAAAGAAAGAAAGAAAGAGGGAUCUGAUUAUUGAGGGCCUACAGUAUACACACAGACUCUCUCCAAGGUAAAUAUAUUCCCAUUCUACCAAUGAAGAAACAGGAAAAUGAAUGACUUGCCCAAGGCCACACAGAUAGUGGUGGAGCCAGAAAUCCAACCGGUUAACCCGGAUGUGCCCCUUCCUUGCCAGUGGCUUCUGAACCCCCUCAGUGUCUCCACAUGAACAAGGAAUUGGUUCUCAGUCUGCCGUGCUUAGAAAACAGGGUGCUGAGAUGUUCCUCCCAGAGGGGUCAUGCUGUGAACGUGGGUUCACAGAGUGCUCUCAGAUCACUGAUCCACAGUGCUCUGAGGAAAACAGGGAAGAUGCACCAGCCCCAUUUUGCAGAGAGGAAGCCUGAGGCUCAGGGAGCUUGAGUGAUUGGCCUAGGAUCCCACCAUGAGGAAGUGGCCAGACACAGAUCCAGAUCCCAGUCCUGACCGCAACUGGGAGCUUUUUCCUGCAUGUCACCUUGGCGGUGUAAUUGUGCAGGAGGCCUGUGAUGAUCUCCCAAUUUCAUCUAUAACUGAACC